CUCUCGUUUCGCCUCCAUUUCCUACUCUCCCAUCUGUUAGGGUUUUUUUUCGGGCCGGUCUCGUAGACGUUCAGCAGCCAUGGUGAACGUUCCCAAGACAAAGAAAACUUAUUGCAAAAGCAAGGAGUGCAAGAAGCACACCUUGCACAAGGUUACACAAUAUAAGAAGGGAAAGGAUAGUCUUGCUGCACAGGGAAAGCGUCGGUACGAUCGCAAGCAAUCAGGAUAUGGAGGUCAGACCAAGCCCGUGUUUCACAAGAAGGCUAAAACUACCAAGAAGAUUGUGUUGAGGCUGCAAUGUCAGGGUUGCAAACACGUAUCCCAGCACGCUAUCAAGAGAUGCAAGCACUUCGAAAUCGGUGGAGACAAGAAGGGGAAGGGAACAUCUCUUUUCUAGAUCCGUUGUCUGCUCUUAGCUUUUGUGAUUUCUUUUUUACAAAAUCAAUUGUUAUCGGAGAUGUUACAGCAUUACUCUGUUUGGUUCACCAAUUAGUUCUAAAUGUCGUAACAAUACUAUUUAGCUUAAGCCAUCUUAUCUCAAUGAUCAAAUUUCCAAUUUUUUUUUGCUUU